AUGCCAUCGGAAACAGAUGAUUUUCUUCUAUCAAACUAUACAGAGAAAAUAAAUAUGACAACUUCUUUGGGACAGACAAUAUUACCGUAUUUAUCAUUUACGGCUCUUUCAUCGACUGUUGCUUUCUUCCUGUGCGGCCUCCAAAUUUGCCAUCGCAUCAAGACACGUGGCUCGUCGGAAGGAACAAGCCCCGCCCCAUUUCUUUUGUCAUUCUUGUCAUGUGGAUUAUUCAUUCAAUACGGUCUUCUAAAAGAUGAUGACGUCAUCACUUAUUGCAACGGAAUCGGCUGUUUUCUUCAGGCGUGUUAUCUUAUGUACUUUUACUACAUGACAAGAAAUCGGCGUUUCCUGAAUAAAGUGAUCAGUAUUGAACUUGGAAUCAUCGGAAUCGUCGUCUAUUGGGUGGCUCAUUCAACAAAUAGUCAUCUCACAAAAACGACAUAUGUCGGCAAUUAUUGCAUUUUUCUGAAUAUUUGCAGUGUGGCGGCGCCGUUAUUCGAUAUUGGAAAGGUGGUCCGUAACAAAUCCAGUGAAUCUCUUCCGUUGCCGUUAUGUGUCGCGUGUUUCGUCGUGUGUCUUCAAUGGAUGUUUUAUGGAUAUAUCGUUGACGAUAUUGUGAUAUUGGUGCCAAACGUCAUCGCAACGGUCAUCUCGAUUCUGCAACUUUCACUAUUUAUCAUUUAUCCGGGUGCUCCGGCAGGUGUUCUACCGCAGAAAUAUGAGCAUAUCUAACCAUAUUGAGUAUCCGAAACCAAUGGACCAAGCCGCUUGUCGAAUUGUUGGCUCAUUCUCAUUUUAGACGUCGUUUCAGUUCCCAUUAGAAUUCGACGAAUCUGCAAGAAAUAUCGAUUUUUUUUGGCAUUCUGUGAAUGUUUUUGUGCGUGUGUGUAUAGAGAUCUCUUUUGUUGGGUUUUUGAUGUGCCUUUAAUAAAUUAUUUAUAUUUUCCUA